GGAAGAUUGCUGCGUUGAAACUCCCACAUGAGUCGGUGUGUAGACCAGUGCCUCCCUGCUUCUUUCCAUGUUGCUCCAUAUAUGAAGUUUGUCCCGUUUGCUCACGUUUAGACAAAGAACAGUCGCCCGCUUCGGACCAACCAGUUGUACGCCCAGGACGAAGGUGCGUCGCACACCCAUCUCUACACAAACCAUUUCGAGAUCAUGAAACUGAUUGCUGGGAAGAGGAGUCCACCCAUCAAACCCCUGCAUGAAAACCAGCUGGGUGCAUUUGGACCAGUCCCCCUCUCUCAUGCAAGUCCACCUCACAGACUUGGCAUGAAUCCCUUCCAGAAAAACCCUAAACACACUUCAGUCCUUGCAGAAAGUGGCAUCAACUAUGAUAAGCCACUGCCUCCGAUUCAAGUUGCAUCUCUCCGAGCAGAGCGCAUUGCAAAGGAAAAGAAGGCUCUGGCCGAGCAACAGCGAGCUCAGCAACAAGCCGCCCCACAACAACAACAGCAGCAACAGCAACAACAGCAGCAGCAACAACAGCAGCAGGCCGGACAGCAAACCGCUCAGCCAUUGGCGGGGCAGCAAGCACAAUCUCAGCCCCAGGUGCAAGGCCAGGGCAUCCAGCAGCCCCAAGGUGGGCUACAAACAGCCGCGACCACGGUGGCAAGCACAGCUGUGUUGGCUGGCACCAUGAAACCCACAGUGACCGGGACCAACAUACAGACAGCCACCGUGAGCGUCAACACCCUAACCGGCGUCCCGGCGACGACGUUUCAGCCCAUCAACAAGCGAUUGGCUUCACCCAUCGUACCCGGCACGCUGGCGACCUCGGGAGCAGGAACCACCACCGCUCAGGUGGUCCAUUCCCAGCAGAGAGCCACCGGCACCUCGGCCGCCUCCUCGGAACUGGUCACCCUCACGUCCACACCCGGAGUUCGAGCGGUCACUUCAGUGACGGCCUCAGCCGUGGUGACCACUAACCUGACUCCAGUCCAGACCCAGCCAAGGUCUUUGGUCACUCAGGUGACACCAGCUGCUGCAUCCAGCGUGCAGCUUUCCGGAAAGACCAUCCCUCAAAAUCACUUCCAGCUCUUACGCCAGCAGCAGCAGCAGCAGCAGCAACAGGCAUCCGGACAGGUCCAAGUUCCCCAGAUCCAAGGCCAAGGCCAGACCCCGUCACAACCCCAGAUUAAGACCGUCGGCAAGAUUUCCCAGGAGCAGCUCAUCAAGUUCCAGAAGCAAAAGCUGCAGGCCACACAACAACAGGCCUCCCAGCCCCAGGGAGCCCCCUCCGGAACGCAGCAGCAGGCAGCCCAGGUCCAGGUGCAGCAGCAACAGACGCAGCAGCUCACGGCGGUGGCGGCCUCCAGGCCAGGCGCGGUCCUUGCCGGCACCACAGUCACCGGCCUCCAAGUGGCCCGGUUGACGCGGGUGGCUGCUUCUCAGCUCCAAACCCAAAGCCAGAUCCAAGGUCAGACGCCUCAAGCAGCCCAAGUGGCUUUGGCCAAGCCCCCCGUGAUGUCCGUCCCGGUGGUAUCCUCGGCAGGGGUGACCGCCCUCCCCGUUACAGUCUCCGGGAUUAGCGUGGCGAUUGGGCAGCCUCAGAAAGCAGCAGGAGGUCAGGCAGUGAUGGCUCAGCCGCUCCACGUCCAGCAGUUUUUGAAGGUGAAACAAGCUCAGCACCACCAGGCGGCCCAGCAGAAGGUCAUCCAGCCACAGGUGGCCCAAGGACAGGCAGGUGUUCAGCAGAAGCAGGUCACUAUCCAGAGCCAGCAACCAGCGUCUCAGCAGCAGAAAGUCUACGCCACCCCGCCGGCCAUCAAAGCCCAAUUCCUACCAACGCCGAUUUCUCAGCCCCAGAAGACAGGCGGGGCACAGCAGGUCCAGACCCAAAUACAGGUUGCCAAGAUCCCACAGGUGGUCUCCCAACAAGCAGCGGUGGCUAACAUCCAGCAGGUGGUUUCAGUUUCCCAACAGGUUCAAGCUCAGCCCCAAACGGUCACCUUGUCCCAGACCACCGCGGGGCAACACCAAGUCCAGGUCAUUCCAGCCACCACCGCCACAGCUCAGGUCGUCCCCCAGAAACUGAUCCAACAGCAAGUGGUGACCACCGCCUCCCCCCAGAUCCAAGCCUCGGUCGUGCCGAACCCUGGCCAGGCGCCCGCCCCGCCCGACGGGCAGAGCCAGCCAACGAAAGUGCAGAUGAGAGCGCCCGUCCGGCUAAAGGCUCCAAACAAGCCCAGCUGAGUACUCUGCCUUUCGUUGGCAGCAAGGCAAGGAGAGACAGAGAGAGAGAGAGAGCUCUCUAGGUGGUCUCCAGUCCGGCGAGAUCGGAGGUUAGGCUUCUUUCCGACGAACCUUCCGCUCGCCUGCGUCAGAAAGGGCCGUUCCUACCCUUGCUCUCCUCCAGACUCCUCUGCUUCGCGGAGAGAUCCGUGGCUUUUGAAGCCGAAGCCCAAGGAAAUGCCGUUCUGCCUAAGUCCUCCUUUCGGCCCGACCGCUCGCCGACGCUCACUGCCCUUUUGGUGGAAACACUCACCCACACACCCACACACACACAAUUGCUUCUCCUGUUUGGUAGCAACGGCGGUCGUUUUAUCGUCGCCCCUGUCCGGAAGGGGGGAAACCUCGAGAGCUUUGUGGGGUGCAAAGCCGGACACUUGUGCUUCUCC